AUGGCGCAAGGCCAAGAUGGGGCUAAAGCCACCCCGGCCCCGGCUCCGGGACCCCCCGGCCUGGUGUCCUUUGGCUUCAGCCGCACGGCCCCCCGAAAGCGGCUGGCAGAGGGCCGUGAGGGGCUUCCGGGACAGCGCGGUGGGGAGGAGGAGGAGGAGGAGAAGGACUUCUUGCAGGCAGUGGAGGGGCGCGAGCUCCGCAGUGUGCGGCCGCCCCCCGAGCCCCCGCGAGAGCUGGUGAUCCCCCUGCUGCCGAGGGGUCGCGGGCGCGGACCAGCCCCGGAGGACGCCGUCCUGUGCCAGGCGGUGCAGGAGCUGAUCGAGGAGUCCCAACAGGCCCUGCAGCAGCGGUCGGACGGGGCCGAGGCCGCCGACCCCUCCCUGGCCAUCCCGCUGCUGGCCCGGGCUGGGACUGAGACCGAGGCCGCUCCGUGUGUGGGGGCCGACUACGAGGCGGUGCCCGUGGAGGCCUACGGCCUGGCCAUGCUGCGGGGCAUGGGGUGGAAGCCGGGGGAGGGCAUCGGGCGCACCUUCAAACAGGUGGUGAAGCCGCGGGAGAACCCCCUGCGGCCCAAGGGGCUCGGCCUCGGGGCCAGCCUGGCCCCCUCCCCGGGGCCCAACCAGCCCAGGAGCAAGGGGGCCUCGGAGGAGCCCGAGGGCCUGGCCCCAGGGAGGGCCGUGCUGGUGCUGGCAGGCCCCCACCGAGGCCUGUACGGGAAGGUGGAGGGGCUGGACCCGGACAACGCCCGGGCUGUGGUGAGGCUGGCUGCCUCUGGCCAGGCAGCCACCCUGAGCGAGUACGUGCUCAGGCCAGUCAGCUGUCAGGAGUACGAGAGGCAGGCGAAGGGGCCGGGCAGGCCGCAGGGGGACCCCCAGACCGAAGGGGCCAAGAAGAAGGGGCUGAAGAGGAAGCAGCCCCCGCAGACCCCUCACUGGCUGCGCAGGGACCUCCGCGUGCGCUUCGUGGACAGACGGCAUCACAAGGGCCGCUACUACAACACCAAGAUGAUCAUCGAGGAUGUCCUGAGCCCAGACACCUGUGUGUGCAGAACCGAUGAAGGCCGCCUCCUGGAAGGCCUCCGGGAGGACAUGUUGGAGACCCUCAUCCCCAAGGAGGAGAAGGCUGCCGUCAUGGUGGUCUUGGGGCCCCAGAGGGGCCAGGUGGGCCGGAUUCUGGGCCGGGACAAGGAGAGGAGCCAAGCCCUGGUGCAGCUGCUGCAGGGGGAGGGGGAGGGCACUGUCCUUCGCUUGGACUUUGAUGCCGUUUGUCAGUAUGUUGGGCCUGUGGCUGAGGACUGAAGGGCCCCCUUCCAGUGAACCCUCACUUUGUAUCUUUGUUGUGUGCCUGAGGAAUGAGACAGAGCCCAGGACUGGUCAGAGGAGACUUCUGUGGGUCUCUGUCCCACUGUGCCUUCAGGCCACCUUGGCAGAGUCCCCUAGUGCCUGCCCCACAUCAAGCCAUGGCCUUAUGGGGCCUGGGCAGAGAGGACAAGGGAAGAUGACCAGGACCUACCUCCCUGCCUUCCCUUGGUUUCGUUCAUGUUUUUUGUCCAAAUAAAAAUACCUAUUUUCCAA